AUGGUCUUGUUCAAGCGCAAACCUGUCAAGUUCCUUCCCCCCCAACAGAUCGACGACGAGGAUGUAGAGGUCUGGCACAUUCCCCAGACGGGAGAAAUAUUUGCCGACUAUGAUGAGUAUCUAGAUAGGAUGGAGUUCUACAAACAGCCUCGAUUCAAUGAUCAAAUAACGGGCCAUUCCGGCCUCACCUUCUUCGAAGCACAUGAGAGCGAGCUCGCUGGCGCACGUGAAGUCGAUGAAUCCUUCCCCGAAGCCCUCAAAGGCCCCAUUCUCCGCAGAGUCCAAUUUCAAAUCGUUUCACGGCUCGACAAUCUCGUCGAUUCCCUUUUCGACGAAUUUAAACAAGACUACUAUCCCGGCGAAGAAGUCGCUAUUAUUACCGGAACUGGCGAGCGAACCCAUGGCCUCGUCCGCGACAAGACAACCUUUGGCGAGCGCUUGCUUGCCGACGGUACGCGCACAAAGCCCUCAACAAGAUAUCUCGUCGAUGCUCGCGGCAGCGAAAUUGAACUCAUUGUCACGGAAGAUAGCAUCUCACGCGACCGGGGUGCAUUCACAAAGGCCAUGCUGCGGGCUUUCCUCAAGAAGACGGUCAUGCGCGAAGCUUGGACUGGUGCCCCAUGGCUUGUCAAGCAAGACUACGCUGCGCAGUACCACAUCGACACCAGAAUACCCCCGCAUCUGCGUUACGAUACAAAGCUGCAGGAGCGCAAGCAGCUCCAGGCCCAGAAGCGCUCAUCCGAGAUCAACGGCCACGCAGCAUCCCAACCAGCACGGCUACCCGAGCUCAAACCCGCUAAGACCAUUAAACCCAAACCUCCUCCAGGAAAGGGACUCAAAUGGCCUGCUGGAAUCGUCAAUGGUACUAGUGCGGAGCCGACUAUCAAAAAGGAGCCCUCUCCUCAACCGCCUCCACCACCAAAAUACCCCAUCGAAGACUUGCAACUCGAGCCCAACCCCGAGACGAACCGACCAGCUAUUAAGUUCAUGUGCAAGGAUGCGCCUGUGGAUGAGUGCAGCGACGACCCGCUCGGAGAAGAUGUCGAAAUGAAGUCUGUCGGUCCUCUACUGGAGACUUGGGAUACCCUCAACGUGUACUGCGAGAUCUUCAAGCUCGACUCUUUCACCUUUGACGACUUUGUUGAGGCCAUAUCCAUGGCUUCCGAACGCACUCCUGUUCAGCUAUUUGACGAAAUCCACUGUUCAGUUCUAAAAAUUCUUGUGGACUCGGAGCAAGAUGGUGGCCGAGUUCGCAUUCCAUUACCGGAGAUCGAAGAUGACGACAGCGAGGACGAAGAUGGAGAAGCGGAAGUGGGCGACGAGGAAGAAGACGAAGAGGAGGAAGAGGAAGAGCCGGAUGAGAAACCCGUUAAACGAGCUACGCGCAGUAGCUUGGCAAAGCAAGAAGCCGAACGAAUUGCCGCAGAAGCCGCUGCGGCCGAGGAAGAGACAAUGAAGGCUGAAAUUGAAUCCAAGACGCGCGCCGAGGAGAUGAUGAAGGAAUUCAAUUGGGUAGAACACCUUCGUCAACGAGACUUUACCAAUGGCGGUUGGGAGCGCAUCGUCGUCGGUCUACUACACCAGCUGUCCAAGGGCGAGAGGAAUCAGCAGUUGUAUGAAGAUUUACUCUUGCGAAUCAUCCCUCACGAUACGGACCCUACCCAAGAGGCCGCACGCCAAAAGUACGCCGAGCUCGACAUAAACACGCGGGUACAGAUUUUGCAGAUUCUCUGCAUGUUGACCAUGGAGACGAAGGCUGUGCGUGCCUUCAUGGAGGACUGCAACGAAACCAUGACCAAGUAUCGCAAAGAUAGGGUCGAGUGGCAGCGCCAGCGCAAGCAAACUGUUGAGGACCUUCGUCAACUCAACGAACAGCGCAAGAUUCUGCUGCCGGACAACACGCCCCCCGAGGAAGAGCCCAAGGAACCUCACGAGAAUGGUGAUGUCAGCAUGAACGGAGCUGAUGACACCGUCACUGAAAAGGAAGGUGACGAAGAGGCAGACCCCAGCAACGACGAGAAGCCACACAAGAAGCGCCAUGGUCGCCAGGUUGUCGAUAAGCGUAAGAAGCGUGAGGAAGAGGAGGCAGCCCGCAAGGCCAGGGAAAAGGCGCAAAAGGAAGCCGCCAAAGCGUCUCACCAAUCGAAGCAAUUUACCAAGUUGCUCAAGGAAAUCCAAAAGAAGGAGGACCUAAUUAAGAAGUGUGAAGACGAAAUUGCGACCAUUGAGAAUGAUCUUCGCGAAGCCGACUGCCCACGGACACGAGUUCUCGGCAGAGAUCGAUUCUGGAACCGAUACUACUGGUUCGAACGCAAUGGCAUGCCCUACGGGGGUUUGCCUACUAGCUCGACAGCUGGAGCCGGAUACGCCAACGGACGCCUAUGGAUUCAAGGACCCGACCAGAUGGAACGCGAGGGCUACAUAGAUGUACCAGCGCACCUCGAAAACGAGUACAAGGCCAAGUUCAAGAUGACGAUUCGCGAACGUAAGAAUAAGGAGGAAGGCGGUACGAGCAUGGAGAGUUCUCAACAGUGGGGCUACAUCGCCGAUGCCGAAAGCCUGGAUAAGCUGAUCCGGUGGCUGGACCCGCGAGGGUUCAACGAGCUGCGACUUCGAAAGGAGCUGCUCUUGUUCAAGGACAAGAUUGCGGAGCACAUGGACAAGCGCCAACAGUAUCUGACGAACUCGACGGAGGAGGAGGCGCGUAAAGAGGAUUCGACGUUGAAGCGCAGUAGCUCACGUAUUCGGGAGAAGACGCCGGAGCCGCCGAGCUAUCGAUGCCUGCGGUGGGAGAAUUCCAUGGCGCUGGACGAGCUCGGCCACUUACACGCCGAUCCGCCGCCGCCGCCUCGUCUCCGAAAGCAGACCAAGAAGCGAGAGGCGAUGGAGGCACCGGCCGCGGCGCCUGCGCAAGCUUCCAAGAAGAGAAGGCGCUGA